UCUUACGUACGACAGACUGCCGCAACCAGAGGAAGCCGGUAUCUGUGUGGAGGAGGACUACUUGUCCGUGUGAAAACUUUGAUGGGACUCACAACCACCUCCACCUGACGCCCAGGCGUGUCGGAGGACCCGGUGAGGUGAGACUCAUGCGCGAAAAUGCGUAUUUUUCUCCCUCUGCUGUGUGCUGUGUGCGCACCGGUGGCCCGCGGCAUUUUCGACGGAACCUGCCUCCGAAAAGACCCUCCCCCUGGUGUGUUGGUUUUAUCUCCUGGUAGUGACUUGGUGUUGACCUGCAGCGGCCAUGUGGAGGUGGAUGGAGUAAAGGUCAGAAACGGCUCAAACACCAACAGAGUAGGCAGUUCUUCAGCUGCAACCCCAACCAUUGUAAGCAUCAUAACCAGCCCUGGAGCUCAGAUGAAAAGUGACACGCAUACUACAGAGAAUGCAGUAAGUCAGGGGUAUCGCUCUAACCCGACUGAGGCUGGAGACUACAGCAGCCUCAGACAUACAGAUACAGGAUACACAGCUUCUCCCACAGCUCACGUGGGCCAGCACACCGGUGCACGCAGACUGCUAAACACUGCAGAGACGGAUGGCGAGGAGUAUGAGGAGGAUGAAGCGAGCAGGGUAACAAGGGGCAUAAAAUGGAGGUCUCCCUGGAAGUUGAACAAGAGGACCUUGGGAAAAGGAGACAGCGAUCAGGGAGGAAUCACAUUUGAUAGGAGUGGAACUUCACUGUCUCUGUCCUCAGUAAGAGUGACUGACUCUGGGACGUAUGCGUGUUUCCACAGAGGCAGGGAGAGGUUCUCCUUAAAGGUGAUCGUAGCAGAUCCUCCAGGGCAACCCGUCCUGGACUGCUACAAAAAGUCACCCAGUAGCAAGAUUCGCUGUGCGUCGACACCUCAGAAGCCGAACACUGUCCGGCCUGACUGUUCCCUCCUACUCAGUAAAAACGCCCAGCCAUUCGUUCGCAGACAGUGCUCGUACUCGUCUCUGACGUCCCGCUGUUGGUGCGCCCUGGACCACAAUGAGGAAGAGCGGAGGAACAAUCACAUGGCCUUCUUGUGUAUUACGAGCAUCGCAGGCAACACCACCAGCAAUCUGCUGCAGUUCCACCCCCUGUCCAUAGUAAAGCCCGACCCUCCGUCAAAUGUGAUGGUCCGUCAGAUAGAAGGACACGAGACGUGGCUGAAGGUCGUGUGGAGUCUCCCGACCUCCUGGAAGUCUGCAGACAACUUUUAUGAACUAAUCCAUGAGAUAAAGUACAGGCCGGACAAAUCGCCGUUUCACCAGGAGCAGGUACAUGAGGUUACGGACAGACGCUUCUGCAUGAUCACUGAUGCCAUACCUGGUGUUGAGUACGUGAUACAGCUCAGAACUAAGGAGCAAUAUGAUGGCAUGUGGAGCAGUUGGAGUAAUCCUGUCCUUGCCACCACCUGGACGGCUCCAGCAGCAACCACAACAAUGCAUCCAGUCUAUACAGACACAGAGAGCUCUGGCGAUGACUAUACAACGGAGGGCACAUCUCCUCCUGCACUUCCUCCAAGCUUAAACGAGGUCUCAGUCCACAUUCUGUGGAUUUCUGGCUCCUUUGUCCUCUUGUUAAUCAUUUUGGCUGGCUACAUAUUCAGACACAAAGAGAGAUUUAUGUCUAAACUCCACAGCCACAGUAUCAUCACCCAGCAUGGUCACUCACCUCAACCUCAGCCUCCGCCCUCUGCCCCGACAGCUCCAGAAGCGCAGGCUUUGGUGACUUUCAGCCCUCCUCUUCACAGAGAGCCUCCGCCGGACGAAGUGAAAGAUGGAGAAGAAGACAAUGAAGAGGAGCAGUGUCUGAACGAGAGGACUGAACCCAUGCACUUCAACAACACAAGUUAUUUCUUCCUCCAGCAGCGGUGAUGACUACAAAGAAAGGGGGAUAAAGCAGAGCAUUUAACUGCUUUGAGUUGCUGGACUGUUGCUUUUCACUUCAGAGCCAGCCAAUAAGUUUUUGUUUCUCCAAUAAGCUUGAAGCAAACUCAGGAACAGCUUGUACGGACUGUCUUCUGUUCCAUCUCUCUAAUGCUGUCGAAUGCCUAAAAUACCUCUAAAAGACUGUUUGUUGUUGUAUUUGUCUUAAGAGCAGCCUUUACACUCUCUCUGGUACGCCUGUGUCAAUUUCAAGUCGGCCAAAUGAAAUGCCAAUGAUACCACCUCAUGUUCUGUUUGUAUAUAAUGUUGUUAAGGUUUAUAAAAUAUAUCACUUGUUUUAUAAUAGUUAGUGUGGUUCAUCAUUGAUAUUGUGUGUGGUUCUAAUGAACAUGGAAAAAAAUCUGGAUUACAAACUGUGUGUGCAGCUGCCCAGAGGCCGCAGAACUCCAGGCCUAAUUGUUCAGGAACAUUUACCAUUAAAACAUAAUAUCAGUUGAUAUGACGCCAGCCUUAAGGUUGAUCCUGCAUUAUUGCGAGACCUCUGGGCUUUGCCUUGAUUUUGAUCUUUGCUUAAAUAUGGUUUUAAGACCAUCAUUAUCUGAGUUUUGUGCAUGAAUGUAGACUAUUUCUGAAAUUGAAUAAAAUCAGAUCACUACUCAGCAAA